GAGAAAGUUAAGUGAGGACGAUGGCCGGGUCUCCUGCACUGCUCCUCCUGCUCAGCAUGGGGCUCUGCUGCACCGGUGCCCAGGGACAGAGGGAUGCAGUGGUGGUCAGGUUCCUCAACAGGAGCAUCAUACAGCCCCAGAAGGGACAAAGGCUGGAGCUGAACUGCAUGAGAAACAAUGACUCCUGGAAAGUAUCCUGGAUCCGCCUGGACAAGGAUGGGAACAUUCACUUCAUUCUCUCCAGUUAUGAGACGAACACCACCACAUUUAAUGGGGCUGAGAGAACAUCUCCACACUUUGAGGCAUCAUGGAGAGUCAGCACCUCUACGCUGGUUGUGAAAUCCUUCAGGGCAGAAGAUGAGGGGAUCUACUUCUGUGUCAACCACAUCACCCCGGUGUUGCACUUCGGCUCUGGACAACCCGCCUUCCUCCCAGCAGUCGCAUCAAGAGCUUCACCCACCACACUCACUGCCUACAACCAGAGCAGCCAGGUCACCAAGAAGGACAUCUCCCAGCACAGUUCAGGCCCAGGAUCAAGCAACAAGAACAUGCUGCAUUUCUGCUCUGAUAUAGUCAUGUGGACUAACCUGGCCUGUGCCUGCCUCCUGCUCUUCACUGCCAUAACCAUCACCAUCACGCACUGCCAAAGACCAAGCUCACCGUAAGCAAGCAGUGCUGCAACGCUGCUCAGCAGAAGGCACACAGGCAUCCGCCACAAGCACCGCACUGAUCCCAUCAUCAAUACACACAGCUGCCCUGAUGGAGAGUGGGCAUUUGGCUGAUCCUUCUCCGCCUACCCAUCAAUCACACCCAAAACUCAGCUCUCAGACCCCAAGCUACCUCUCACUUCUGAAGUCUUCCAGAUUAAACGCUCCUAAUUCUUAACGUUCUCAGUGUGUCCUUUGCUUUCAUUCAUAGUUUUCAUUGGGGCGAGGGUAUUAAACAAGCAACAACCAACACCAAUAUUGUUUCAAAAAAAAAAAAAAAAGAAACCCACUCCCAACUAUACUGACAUAUAAUUGUCUGUCUGACCAGCAUCCGCAGUGGGAAAUCUCUCCCAGCUUUUCCAACGGAAAUCAACUCAGCAAGCACUGAGAUCAUUCAUCUCAACCUCACGCACUCCUGAGCCCAUUCCAAAACCUGUCAGACUCCCUCUUCCCCACAUGAUUUGGUCCAUGCUCUCCACAGACAUAUCUCAUUCAUUCAUUGUUUGACGGAAAUAAACUAAAUACAAACCAACUUCACCACAGCCGAGGUGAUAAUUGACAAUAAGCCUCGAUGCCUCUGUUUUUAAGGGCAGGAAGAACUUCUACACCUGAGAGCUCAUCUCUCUUUCCCAACUCCCUCAAUUGCAGUAACAGUGAUGCUGAUCGUUGCUGCUCCGCAAGUGACGACUCAGCAGGACGUUGUAUAAGUGCAUCUGAAGCAUCACAGUUUAACCAUGGCUGACCUUAGUUACCCCAUUCCAGAAGGUUUCACACCAGCUGUCCUUACUCACCAAAAUGCAUUGAGGCCCAAUCAAAUGAGCCCAGGGUUAAGCACACAGUUUGCGCCCAUUUCCUCACAAAACAGCACUUCCAUCAGACAGCGGUGCCUGCUUUCGGGCACCCAGGAUCAGGUGGCAAAUUUGCAAAAGAGGAAUACAACAACACAUCACAAACAACAGCAGAGCCAGGAAAUAACAACAGAAGACACAAACAACACCAGCCCACGGAAACUGUCGCUACUGUAUGUGCAAAGCUGCAGGAAGCCCAGCACUUACCAAUGUGUGAGUGGUCACCUGGAGGCAGCAGCAAGGGCCCUCACUGUUGCAGCAUAUAAGGGUUAUUUUUGGCAGGGCGGAAGUCCCUGUGGUUGUAGAACAAAAGGACAAGAAUUUAAACUCAAGAAAAAUAAGUCUGCAUGAGUAUGGGACAUGGGGCUGCAGGGAUGGCUACCACAGCACAGACCACCUGCCCUGCACACAGCAGUUUCUGCACAGAGAGUAUAAAGAAGAAAUGUGGAGAACAACUGAGCUGAAGCACUCAGCUGCAUCUCAGUAAUGCAUGGACCCUGAGAUGACAAGUGCACAUGGAUCAAUCUGAAAAUAGAAUAGCAGAAUAUGCUAAAAUAAAACCUCCUGCAUAAAACACAACUUGCAGCCCAUCUCAAUGGCACGGCACUUAUCCUUGUUUUCUGCAAAUGUGGACAUGAUGAGAGCACCCGAAAUGGCUGUGAGACUGCAGUUUGUGGUGGCUGAUUUGAUUUCAGGCAGGACCACUGUCAGAAGCUCAACUGAAGACAACGGAGCAAAAUCGAUGAGGCACCACUACAAACAACGCUAUUACAGUAAAUGAGUCCAAGUUCGGGAUCACAAAUGAAGUGCCGCAGAAAUCAUUCUUUUCGGAACAACGCGUCUUCACAGAAGAGGGUCCAGAUGACAUCACAUCCUCUCCUAUAAGUUACACUGCCUCCAAACUUCAGUGACAAAGAUCACCACCGCUCCGCUGCACCUCCCCGAGGACAAUGGCCGGGUCUCCUGCACAGCUCCUCCUGCUCAGCCUGGGGCUCUGACCAAGCUCACCGUAAGCAAUCAGCGCUGCAUCGCUGCUCAGCAGAAGGCACACAGGCAUCCUCCUCAAGCACCGCACUGAUCCCAUCAGCAACACACACAGCCACCCUAAUGGAGCGUGGGCAUCUGGCUGAUCCUUCUCUGCCCAUUCAUCAAUCACACCCAAAACUCUGCUCUCAGACCCCAACCCACAUCUCACUUCUGAAGUCUUCCCGAUUAAACACUUCUAAUUCUUAA